AUGGCGGCGGCCGGAGCCGUGACGACGGCGGCGGCCAGUUACAUUCCCCGAACCCGCGAUUCGUUCCUCUAUUUUCUCUCCAGAGCGGUUACUCUCUCUCAACUUACCCAGCUCCACGCGCAGCUCCUCCACCACGGCUUCCGAAGCGACAUUGCUACAACGACCAAGCUCACUAACCGCCUCUUCGAUUUCAGCGCCGUCCACCAUGCUCGCUCUCUCUACUUCAGCUUCCCCGAACCCGACAGGUUUCUGUGCAACGUUCUCGUCAAAGGAUUGGCGAGCAACGAGUCUCCGAGAUCCGCGAUUUCGGCGUUCAAACGUUUGAGGGAGGAAAAAAGUAUCGAUCUUGGACCUGAUAACUUCACAUACGCUUUCGUUAUUCCGGCGGCGGCGAGUCUCGGGGAUGUGAAGGUUGGAUUAUCGUUGCACGGGCAGGUGAUAGUUGGUGGGUUUGGUUCGGAUUUGUUUAUUGGGUCUGCAUUUAUUGAUUUUUACUUUAAACUUGGGCGAGAUGAUAUGGCGAGGAAGGUGUUCGAUGAAUUGCCUGAGAGAGAUGCAGUUCUGUGCAACACGAUGGUAUCAGGGUUGGGGAGGUGCUCUCGUUUUGAGGAGUCCAUAGGGAUUUUCAGGCGGAUGGUUUCUGGUGAUGGGCCUAAGGUUGACUGCACUACAGUGAUAUCAGUUCUACCUGCUGCUGCAGAGUUGCAGGAUUUGAGAUUGGGGAUGGAGGUUCAUUGUCUGGCAAUAAAGUUUGGCUUUUAUUCUCAUGUCUCUGUACUUACUGGCCUGGUUUCUUUGUACUCAAAAUGCGGGGAUAUUGGAUCAGCAAAGCUGUUAUUCGGGCAGAUUGGUAGGAGAGAUUUGAUAUCCUGUAAUGCUAUGAUUGCAGGGUUUACUUGCAACGAUGACAUUGAGUCUUCAUUGAAAUUGUUUAGAGAAUUGCUCCAGACAGGAGAGAAAGUUAAUCCAAGCACUAUAGUGGGAUUGAUUCCUGUCCAUUCUCCAUUUGGCCAUUUGCUUCUUACUAAUUGCAUUCAUGGUUUCAGCAUCAAAUCAGGCAUGGUCUCCCGCCCGUCUGUUUCAACUGCACUGACCACAAUCUAUAGCAGAUUAAACGAGAUGGAUUCUGCUCGAAGAACUUUCGACGAAUCGUCAGAUAAAACUUUAGCUUCUUGGAAUGCAAUGAUAUCAGGUUAUGCGCAGAACGGUUUAACAGAAGCAGCAGUUUCUCUCUUCCAGGAGAUGCAAAUGUCUAACAUCAGUCCCAACCCUGUCACUAUCACAAGUAUUCUCUCGGCUUGCGCCCAGCUUGGGGCAUUGAGUCUCGGCCAGUGGGUUCAUGGUUUGAUUAAGAGCAACAAAUUUGACUCCAACAUCUAUGUCUCAACUGCUCUAAUCGACAUGUAUGCAAAGUGUGGCAGCAUUGUGGAGGCUCGGAGGUUAUUUGACUCGAUCCCAAAUAAAAACAAUGUGACUUGGAACGCAAUGAUUUCUGGGUAUGGCCUCCAUGGACAUGGGCAGGAAGCACUGAAGCUUUUCCAUGAGAUGGUGAGCUCUGGUACUCCAUUAACCCGGAUAACUUUCCUCUCCAUACUAUACGCCUGCAGUCAUUCCGGCUUAGUGAAAGAAGGAGAAGAGAUUUUCAAGUCAAUGACACGUGACCAUGGAUUUGAACCGAUAUCAGAGCAUUAUGCUUGUGUGGUUGACAUUCUCGGACGAGCUGGAAAGUUGAAGGAAGCUUUGGAAUUCAUAGAGGGGAUUCCAGGGGACCCUGGAACUCCUAUAUGGUCAACAUUGCUCGGUGCUUGCAUGGUCCAUAAAGAUACUAAUGUAGCUCGUAUAGCUUCUGAGAAACUCUUUGAGUUGGAUCCGGGAAAUAUGGGGUACUACGUUCUGAUGUCAAAUAUAUACUCAUCCGAUAAGAACUUCCCAGGAGCUGCAUUUGUAAGACAAGUAGCUAAGAAGAGGAAGCUCUCUAAGACUCCAGGAUGUACUCUGAUUGAGAUACAUCAGAAACCUCAUGUAUUCAAGGCGGGUGACUGGUCUCAUCCACAAUCGAGAGCUAUAUAUGCAGAGCUGGAGAGAUUGAAUGGGAAGAUGAAGGAAGCAGGGUAUCAGGCAGAGACUAUGGCUUCAUUGCAUGAUGUGGAGGAGGAAGAGAAGGAGUUGAUGGUGAAGGUUCAUAGUGAGAAGCUAGCCAUUGCUUUUGGUCUAAUAUCCACUGAGCCUGGAACUGAGAUAAGGAUCUUCAAGAACCUCCGCAUUUGUCUGGACUGCCAUACUGCGUCAAAGUACAUAUCUAAGGUUAGUCAGAGAGUUAUUGUGGCAAGGGAUGCCAAUCGAUUCCAUCGUUUCGAGGAUGGUGUGUGUUCUUGUGGAGACUACUGGUGA